AAAAAUUAAUUUUAAAAAUGGAUGAUAUAACGAAAACUAUUACUUCGAUAUCGAACAAAUUAAGUUCAUCAAGUAAACAAGUCAGUAACCUAAAGAAGGUACCAUUUUGCGUCUCCAUUUUUGGUGAACCAAAAAGUGGUAAAACUAAAUUCAUAAAUACUUUGAUGGAAUCGGUGCUUAAAGACUCCAAAUGCUUCACAAUAAAUAUGAACCCAGCUGCCGUGACUAUACCGAAAAAUUGUGAAAUUGAUACACGAAAAUUUGUUUGCUUUGAAGAUAUACAAAUGAUAUAUAAGAUCUCUGACUUGGAUGCAAAUAAUUUCGCUAUAUUGAAAAUUAUAACUGAAUUUCCAAGUGUUAUGCAGUCCAUAAAACGUCUUGGAAAGAGUGGAUAUCAAUGGUGCCUCAUAGAAUGGUCAGGUUUUUUUGAUGUAUUUAAUAUGUAUUCUUCAAGCGCAAUGAUUUUUUACUUACUGUCACAUUUCUAUCCUACCGCAGUGGUAGUCUUAAUAGAUUCUUCGGAAAACACCUAUCCGAAAGAAUUCUUAAUGAAUAUUUCAAAUAUUAGUUUGAUGAUCACCAAAAUAGAUCUGCCAUUCAUAAUGGUAUUAAAUAAGAUUGACUUAAGAAAAGAUGAUCGUAUAUCACGUUGGGUUCGAAACUAUUGUACUUUUCGCAAGGACUUUGAAGCUGAUCAAGAUUAUGCCAGGUCUCCAAAUUCAACAUAUGAUGCUCUUAAAUUUGUUAUUAAAAAAUCAAAGGUUGCUUCUGUAUCAUCAAUCACAGGUCAAAAUUUUGAUCUUCUUUUUGGUCUUAUUCAGCAGCGUAUAGAAGAGUACAAAAAACUAUGCACUAAAUCGUACUUGAAAGAGCUGGAUGUUAAACUGGAGAGUGCUAAGAUGGUCCUACUUAAAGAGACCAAGCGUUUGGCAUCUAAGAAAAUUCGACCUAUAAUGAAUAAACCAACGAUUGUUAGAGACGCUAAACUUGAUGAAGAGAUGGACUUGUUCGUGGCUCCUGAAGUGAUCACUCCUGCGUCCUCUGAAGAUGAAUGGGAAAUAUCAAGCGAAACAGACUCUUGUUCAACAGAACCAGACACAUCAGCCAAGCUAACCUCUCAAAUAUUAGCAGAAUUUGAUUCGUCGAAUUCAUCGGUUAUGGCCAUUCCACCACAAUCAUGCAUGGAGAAUCCCUAUCCAUAUAUGUUGGUGGAAAUGAUGGAUGCUACUUCUUCAGCUCAAACUGAAGAUGGAAUAAGAAGAGGCAUAUUAACAAUUGCACAGUUUUUGAAUUUUGAUUUCAUAACCGCACAUAUUCCGGACAACUUGUUGGAAGAUGUCAUACUCUUCCUGCUUUACGCCUUGUAUGAUUUAAACAAUAAGGCUGCCGUGAAAGAUAUUUUAAUUAAAGUUUCUUUAAAAUUGAUGUUCAAGCAAAGAACUGCGAAAAUAAUCGCUCACGCCUUCUCUUUAUUCUUUCAAUGCGCUUCUAAUGAUCAUGAACUUAUGGAACGCGCGAUUAUCAAAUCUGGAACAAUAGAAAAACUGCUCAACUUGCUUCGUGCGGAAACUGAAACUACACACAACUUCUGUUGUGUUGUUUUGCUCAUAUAUAUUGCACUAUCAUCGCUAUCCACAAGCCUGGCAAAGAAAAUAUUCAAUAAAGAAUUGCUGAAAUAUAUCAAGAACUUUCUCGAAAUCGAUAACUACGUGGUUUCGUUGUACUGCCUUCAGUUGCUUAGAAAUUUCACUGAAUUGGGUUGCUUCUACAUAAGAGAUAUUCUCAAGGCUGGAGUAUAUAAUAAUGUAGUACAGCAUGUGGAUUACCAUAAGUUCUAUAAGAAAAAAGACGUUGGCUAUGAGGCCACCUGCAUUAUUUACGACGUCAUCAAAUGUGGUAUACAAAGCCAUAUUGACUUUCUACUGAAAGUCGAAGUUAUCAGCACUUUUAUGAAUAUACUUAAAAUCAAUAAGCAACCGCGUUUUCUCGUUAAGGUACUUCUCUGUAUUUACGGUAUGAUGUGCAAGUAUAAAAAGAAAUCAGAAUUGGAUUCUUAUCUUCAGGAACAUAGAGUGGCAGAGGGUGUUACUCCUUUGUUGAGCCAUCGAAGUAAAAAUGUUAAAUAUGUUGCUAAGAUCAUCAUGACAACUUUUUUCAGAAACUACUAUAUGGAGCUAUCUGAGGUGUUCGCAUAUAUUUUCGAAGAAAAAAGUGAACUCGAAAAGACACGGUCGAAAUCCAUUAUUAAAUUGGGCAAAAAUCAAAACAAUGAUGUCGAAAAGCGAAUUAUCAAAAAACUUAUUUCUUAUGGAAAGUAAUUUACAUACAACUUUUAUACAAAUUGAUAUGAAGUAUUA